AGCAGCCGCUCUGCCGCUGGAGGUAACUUGAGGAGCUUCAACAAACCUCUUCGCCGGAUGUGAGGAGCAGAUUUGCUUCCGGCUGAGGGGAGAAGCAUGGAAGAUGAGUUCACAGAGAGGGAACGUAUCCCGGACGCGAGCUCAACGGCACCAGAACGCUCAAGGCUUCAGGAAUGACAAGUACGACUCCAGCGCCCAACGCAAGAAAAUCAAUGCAAAACACCAUGAAGGGCUCUGUCAACACUGUAAGGAGGUCCUGGAAUGGCGGGUAAAAUUCAACAAGUAUAAACCAUUAACACAGGCUAAGAAAUGGGGCAGUUGAGAAGCAACCUCAGGAGACUAUGAUUUUAACCACAAAAACAGUGGGAGGUGAUCAGUCCUUUCCAUGAUAACAAAGGAAGCAAUUUUUUGCAGCUUUAAGGGUAGUUUUUCUGUGCCCCUUGUUUGUUCUAAGAUUUUUAGAGGUGUUUGUUUUUAAUUAAAAAACAUAUCUAGGUUUUGUAACAUGCAUUUCUGCCAAGUGCAUCACUAGGUGAUUCAUGCAAAGGAAUUGUAAAUAACCUUUGAGCUUAACUCUGUUUAAAAUGUCUUAUCAGUAUCAUUCAAGUCUCUUAUUUUCCAGUGGAAGGGAAGUGUUCAAAACAAGCAUUGUGUCUUAAUUCAAUCCUGUACAUAGAACAAAGAAGAAUAUAACUUUAAGAAGCGGCUGCACUUCAUUAGGGAUAUUUUUUUAAAUACUACCAACAAAGUAGUGUGAAAAUUACUUAGAGUUGCAUUAAUGGUUCUUGGCCAAGCUAAAAAAGAAAUCUUGCAAGACAGGGACUACUUGUAUUUGCUACAUAUGUUCCUCCUGCAACAUGCUUGGCAAGGCCUUUAAACAGAUUGGCCUCAAAUUCUUCUUACUCCUCGCUUCCCUUGAAUUCUUUUCAGUCAAGACACAAAAUCACUUAUGAAUAGGAUUAUCUGCUGGCCAGAAAAAUAAAAGCUCUAUGAUCAGCUCUGGCAGUUUAUGAAUAUGCCUGAUAUAGUUGUUGCUAAAAAAAAACCGUAGAGAGACUGGUUGGCAACUGCUACUAAAUAUUUAAAUCUGUCAGUUUACAGUUUUAGUUUAAUAGAUACUUCAGAAAUUAAGUAUUUUCUAUCAAAUGGUAAAUAG